AUGGCGAGAGCGCGGACUGAGGACGGGGACGACUGCAUCGUGGCGGAUCUACAUCCACAAGGAGAGUUCGCUGAGGAUAAAGCCCGUGGCCAUGUCGUUUUGAGCUGCGGUGCAGAGGAUGGAGCACAAGGUUCUACGUCCAUUGUGCUAUCAUCCAUUGCUUCUAUGUCUGUGCUAGGCUACUGCAGUCCCUCCCAUGGCGUUUGUGUAGUGGUGCUCUCGGUGCUCACAACAUGUGCCCCCAUCCUGCCCCGACCGCCCUACUCUGCCAUCCCCGCACGUGCCCCAUCCUGCGCCGCCUCGCCAUCGCGGCCAUCCACCACCAUGCCCCAACCCAUACUCUCCGUCGCGGUCACAACCUUCACCGCGCCACCACCACCCCGGUGCCACUGGGAGAAGGUCGUCACCGGCCGAGACAUCGUCUACCGCAGUCGGGCAAAGACACCUCGGUAG